AUGGCAAAGAGGACAGUGUCACUCCUGCUACUGCUGCUAUAUGGAGCUUGCAUCCCAGCCGCAGCACAAGACUGCAAAAUGCUCAGCCAGCCAUUCCCCCCACUACUUUCUGCAGAAAGAGAAAUCAACAUUGGCGCGAUUUUCUCAAUCCAUAGAAAUAUCGUGCCAAAGACGCAUCUUUUCACUUCCAUACCAGAACCAACUACAUGUGUCAGCUUAAACUUGCGAGAGUUUAAAUUUGCUCAGACGCUGAUUUUUGCAAUAAAGGAGAUAAACAACAGCACACAGCUGUUGCCUGGUGUCACUUUGGGCUAUAAAAUAUAUGAUGCAUGUGGCUCAAUAAAUCAGGCUAUCCUGUCGAGCAUGGCUUUGAUAAAUGGCUUUAAAGAGACUUUGCAUGAUGAGUCCUGUUCUAGACCACCAUUUGUUCAAGCCAUUGUUGGAGAGUCAAGCUCCACUCCCACUAUUGCUAUCGCCUCCAUUCUAGGCCCUUUCAGUCUCCCUGUGAUCAGUCAUUUUGCCACAUGUGCAUGCUUGAGUGAUAGAAAAAGGUUUCCAUCCUUCUUUAGAACGAUAGCCAGUGAUUAUUAUCAAAGCAGAGCACUGGCUCAGCUUGUCAAGCACUUUGGCUGGACUUGGGUUGGAACGGUCAGCAGUCGCAAUGAUUAUGGUAACAAUGGAAUCUCAACAUUUGAAAAGAAAGCACAACAAUUGGGGAUUUGUGUUGAAUACUCAGAGACCGUAUUAAGAACUGAUCCUCAAGAGCAGCUCCUAAAAACACUGGAAGUAAUUAAAAGGGCCACGGCCAAGGUUGUGGUGACUUUUAUAUCAUUUGGAGAUUUUAUCCCACUCCUGCAAUUAAUUGCGCAACAAAAUGUCACUGGGCUCCAGUGGGUCGGUAGCGAAUCCUGGAUCACUUCUCGAAUUAUUGCAGAAACAAAGGAAUACAGUUUCCUCAUGGGAGCCGUAGGCUUUGCUGUAGCGAACGUCAAGCUCGAUGGCCUGCGAGAGUUUCUUGUGACUGUGCACCCUGAUCAAGAACCAAAAAAUGAACUUUUGAAAGAUUUCUGGGAAACAGCUUUUCAGUGCUCUUUCAGAAACACCGGAGGUAGCACAGCUGGCUGUACUGGCUCAGAACGCUUAACAGAAGUGCAAAACGAAUAUAAUGAUGUAACAGAGCUGCGCAUAGCAAAUAAAGUGUACACGGCAACUUAUGCUAUCGCACAUGCACUGCAUAAUUUGAUAAAAGAUGUCAAAUCCUCCACCAACAGCAGCAAAGUAGAGGUGCCCACACCAAGAAAGGUGCUGGAGUAUAUAAAAGAUGUCAAUUUCACUGCCAAAACAGGUGAAAAAAUAUUUUUUGAUGCAAGUGGGGAUCCUGUGGCGAAAUAUGAUCUGAUCAACUGGCAGCCUGCUAAAGAUGGAAGUAUGCAGUAUAAACUGGUUGGCGCGUAUGACAGCUCACUGCCUCCAGAGCAACUCCUUCAAAUUAAUCAGGAACAAAUGGUAUGGGCUGAGAAUAGCAGACAGCUCCCUGUGUCUGUGUGCAGUGAAAGUUGUCCUCCAGGCACUAGGAAGGCUGCACAGAAAGGAAGACCUGUCUGCUGUUAUGACUGUAUUACAUGUGCAGAUGGAGAAAUCAGUAAUGAGACAGAUUCUAGUGACUGCUUUCCUUGUGAUUUGGAGUAUUGGUCGAAUGAAAGCAAAGACAGAUGUGUUUUAAAAGCGAUUGAAUUCCUUUCCUAUACAGAAAUCAUGGGGAUUGUGCUUUCUCUUUGCUCUCUCAUUGGAGCAUUAUUUUCAUCAAUUGUAUCUUUUGUCUUUUAUCUUCAUAAAGAAACACCUAUCGUAAGAGCCAAUAACUCAGAGCUGAGCUUCCUGUUGCUCUUCUCAUUGACUCUGUGUUUCCUCUGUUCACUUACUUUCAUUGGUCGCCCCACUGAGUGGUCCUGUAUGUUGCGUCACACAGUGUUUGGGAUCACUUUUGUCCUUUGUAUCUCCUGUGUUCUGGGGAAAACAAUAGUGGUGUUAAUGGCAUUCAAGGCCACACUUCCAGGAAGUAAUGUUAUGAAAUGGUUUGGGCCUCCUCAACAAAGACUAAGUGUUGUUACCCUAACUUUAAUACAGGUCUUAAUUUGUGUGCUUUGGUUAACAAUAUCUCCUCCUUUCCCAUAUAAGAACAUGCAUUAUUACAAAGAUAAAAUCAUUUUAGAAUGUAAUUUAGGUUCAGCUGUUGGUUUCUGGGCUGUUCUUGCUUAUAUUGGUUUGCUUUCAGUCUUGUGUUUUGUUUUAGCUUUUCUGGCUCGUAAGCUCCCUGAUAAUUUCAAUGAAGCGAAAUUCAUAACAUUCAGUAUGCUCAUAUUUUGUGCUGUAUGGAUUACAUUUUUCCUAGCUUAUGUCAGUACACCUGGAAAAUUUACUGUAGCCUUGGAGAUAUUUGCUAUUUUAGCUUCAAGUUUUGCUUUACUAUUUUGCAUAUUUGCCCCAAAAUGCUACAUAAUUUUGUUAAAACCAGAGCAAAAUACAAAGAAACAUAUGAUUGGAAAAUCUUAAUUCUAAGAAACUCAAGGAUAAACAUCUAAUUGGACAACAAUGUGAUGUAGUAAGUAACUAAGUAAACAACAAAUUACAACUUAACCCAAAAAAAUCCAGCAAAUAAAAAAACUUUAAAGCACAAAUAUAUAUGCUUUUGGGUUGACAUAAUUAUUGAAAGAGGUUCAAGAUUACAGCUUAGACAAACAUUAAAAUCACAUGGUAUACACUGUCUCUAUACUGCUUAACUGAUUGAUAAACAGGUCACAUAAUGUAAUUAAUGAUGGCUACACAACAGCAACACUUCUAGGGCUGUCUGACCCGUGAGUUCUGCUCUCCACAGGCUGUGGCAGGCUCUGCAGUGCAGGCCGAGUCAGCACUAGGCACAAUGGACUCUCACUGACCUUCUUCAUCACUGCCAUAUUCUGGACCUACAUUGUGUACUGCCUAAUAAGAAAUGACAUUGACUUUUUACACUUAAUAAAUAAUGUGAAUUCAA